AAAUUGCUGUGCUUCUGUUCAGCGCGUGAUAUUUUCACUUUCAAAACAAAUUUCCUAACAAAAUUUGAACUUUGCAUUACUUGUGAGGACCUGCUCACGACGCAGUGGACUGCUUUGUAUUUACAUGAGAUGAUCAAAGUAAUCCCAUUACUACCGAACCAACUGAACCUGAUCCAAUUUACCUAGCGCUGGGCACAGCCUAGUAUAAAUACUCACAUCCCGCUCCAUUGUUUCAUCAUUCGCUCCUGCAAAAAAACUCCAUCCUAAGCAAAAAUGGUGUACGCUCUGAAAGUUUUCAAGAAGACUUCGCCCAACAGCAAGGUCACAGUCUACCUGGGCAAGCGUGAUUACAUCGAUAACAUCACCAAAAUCGAGUCUGUUGAUGGCGUCGCCUUGAUUGAUCCCGAGUACUUGAAAGGCCGGAAAUUGUUUGGCCAGAUCGUCUGCAGUUUCCGUUAUGGUCGUGAGGAAGAUGAAGUCAUGGGUUUGGAGUUCCAAAAGGACUUGCUCAUGGCUUCGGGUGAGAUUCGAGCCAGCCAAAAGAGUGACCUCACCAAAAUGCAGGAGCGUUUGAUCAAAAAAUUAGGCAGCAAUGCUUUCCCAUUCAUUUUUGAACUGCCGAAAAAUGCUCCACCUUCGGUUACUCUCCAACCAGGACCAGAAGCUUCUGGAAAACCAUGCGGAGUUGAAUACUUUCUGCGGAUCUUUGUCGGAGAGUCAAUGGAUGAUAGAGCUCACAAAAGGAGCUCCAUCUCGAUGGGUAUCCGGGUAAUCCAAUUUGCCCCGUCUCAGGGUCAACAGGGUCGUCAACCGUGCACGGUUGUGCGUCGUGAUUUCGUCCUUAGUCCAGGAGACUUGGAGAUGGAAAUCAACUUGGACAAACAGCUGUAUCACCAUGGAGACCCUAUUGCGGUGAAUGUCGUCAUUCAGAAUCGCAGCAAUAAAACUGUGAAGAAACUCCGUGCCCAAGUUCUCCAAUGCAUCGACGUGUGUCUCUUUGAACACGGGUCAUACAAAACACCCGUAGUCACUCUCGAUACUUCUGAGGGCUGCCCAAUCCCCCCAGGUGGAACUUUGCAUCGCACUUACACCUUGACUCCACGUCUCGGUGCGGCCGUUGCGGAUCGACAUGGUGUCGCUCUCGGUGGCCGUCUUCGUGAUGAAGAUACCGAACUUGCCUCGACUACUCUGAUGGCUAACCCUGACGAUCGCGAUGGAUUUGGCAUCAUCGUAACUUACUUGAUUAAAGUCAGGCUGUUCCUUGGUGCUCUGGCUGGUGAAUUGGUUGGUGAGCUUCCGAUUAUCAUGAUGCACCCAAAGCCUAAUCCCAAGAAGUUGCCCCGUAUGGAUAGCGUUGCUUUCGAAACAUUCGGAAGCAACUCUGUUGACGACGCUGGUCAAGACUUGGAUCGCAUGAAAUUGGACGACGUAGAUGAAUAAUCAGAAAAAUCUUUAUUUUCAAAACAUCUUUAUCAAUG